UUGCACCGAAAAUCCAAGCAAUCAACUUCCACUUCUGUCAUAACACCGGACCCACAAUUCCCUGUCUUCCUCCUCCAUUGGCCAUUGCAGUUCUUCAAAGCCUUCGUUCACCCAAACUUCCUUCCAUACUUGCAUCUCUUCAAACUGUCUUUCGCUUCUCUCUCUCUCUCUCUCUAAACCCAGCUCAAAAGGAUGCUGACUUUACUCUUCCUACUUCUCCUUUCAUCUCCGCUCGCUCACUCUGUAAACCAAGAGGGUUUCUACCUUCUCCAAUUCAAGCUCGGCCUUUGGGACCCAACUAACUCACUUUCUUCCUGGAACAACAGCGACAAAACUCCCUGCAACUGGGUAGGCAUCACCUGUGACGCCUCAGCUCUCCAAUCGGUCAUCUCCGUCAAUCUCACGGGCUUAGAACUGGCCGGACCUUUCCCAAGUAUCAUCUGUCGCCUUCCUUUCCUCUCUUAUGUCUCUCUCAACAACAACUCCAUAAACUCCUCUCUUCCUGGAAAUAUCUCCGACUGCCAGCGUCUUCAGCACCUCGACCUUGCCCAGAACUAUUUUUCGGGUACCAUCCCGGAUAGUCUCUCGGAAAUCCCGUUUCUCCGCUACUUGGAUCUCUCCGGAAACAGCAUCUCCGGCGAGAUUCCGGCGAGUUUUGGGAGGUUCCGGCAUCUGGAAUAUCUUAAUCUUGUUGAAAACUAUCUGAAUGGAACGGUACCCAGUUCUCUUGGUAAUAUUUCCAGUCUGAGAGAGAUUCAACUGGCUUACAACCCCUUAUCACCGGGUCGUAUACCGAGUGAACUUGGUAACUUGACGCGUCUUGAGUUUCUAUGGCUCGCUGAGUGUAACCUGGUGGGUCAGAUUCCGGCGAGUCUCGGCGGGCUGAGUCGGAUUAGGAACCUGGACUUGUCGGUGAACAGGCUCACUGGGCCGAUUCCUAGCUCGUUUGCAGAUUUGAAAAGUGUGGUACAGGUUGAGCUCUUUAACAACUCGCUCUCCGGCGGGUUACCGCUGGGACUCUCGAACUUGACAACACUGCGUAGAUUCGAUGCUUCGAUGAACCAGUUGACUGGGACGAUUCCGGAUGAGUUGUGCAAGUUGCCACUCGGUUCGCUGAAUUUGUUUGAAAACCGAUUUGAAGGUACAUUACCAGAGAGCAUAGCUCGGUCCCCAAACUUGUACGAACUCAAAUUGUUCAAGAACAAGCUGACCGGGGAAUUGCCGAAAGAACUGGGCAAGAACUCUCCGUUGGAGGGUCUUGACAUGUCCUACAAUGAGUUUCACGGUGAAAUCCCAGAAGGGUUGUGUGAGAAAGGCCAUCUGGAGGAACUCAUUUUGAUAUACAAUUCGUUUUCCGGGCAAAUUCCAUCUAAUCUUGGAAAAUGUCAGAGCUUGAAGAGGGUUCGGCUGAGGAACAACAAGCUUUCGGGUACAGUUCCCGACCAAUUCUGGGGUCUACCCCAUGUUUAUUUGCUUGAUCUUGUUGAGAACUCAUUCUCUGGGUCCAUCUCUAGCAAAAUUUCAAGUGCAUAUAAUCUCUCAAAUUUGUUGAUCUCCAAUAACCAGUUUUCCGGGUCGAUACCUCGUGAGCUUGGGUCAUUGGGCAAUCUUAAUGAAUUUUCCGGUAAUGAUAAUAAGUUUAUGGGUCUAAUUCCAGCGAGUUUGGUAAAGUUGACCCAGUUGAGCAGGCUUGAUCUUAGUGACAAUAAUCUUUCUGGGGAGCUUCCUGUCGGAAUUAAAGCUCUGAAGAAGCUCAACGAGCUUAAAUUGGCUAACAAUAAGCUAUCUGGUAAAAUCCCAAGUGAAAUUGGGAGCUUGUCAGGGCUUAAUUAUCUCGAUCUUUCUGGGAAUGCCUUUUCUGGAAAAAUUCCCCUUGAAUUGCAGAAUUUGAAGCUCAAUCUUCUGAAUUUGUCAUACAAUCAGCUCUCUGGUGAACUUCCUGCACUUUAUGCAAAUGAAAAUUAUAGAGAUAGCUUUGUGGGUAAUCUAGGCUUGUGUGGUGACCUCCCUGAUCUUUGUCCCCGAGUGGGUGUAAGUAAGAACUUAGGUUAUUUGUGGAUUCUCCGAACAAUCUUCAUACUUGCUGCCAUUGUUUUUUUGGUUGGGAUUGUUGGGUUCUAUUGGAAGUAUCGAACAUUCAAGAAGAACCAGAAAGGAUUGGCUAUGUUGAAGUGGAGGUCUUUCCAUAAACUUGGGUUUAGUGAAUUUGAAAUAGUUGAAUGCCUUGACGAAGGUAAUGUGAUUGGUAUUGGAGCCUCUGGGAAAGUUUAUAAGGUGGUGCUUAGUAACGGUGAGGAAGUGGCGGUGAAGAAACUGUGGAAAGGCACUAAGAGAAAAGAUGAUGGCAGUGUCGAACCAGAGAAAGAUGAAUUUGAAGUUGAAGUUGAAACAUUGGGGAAGAUCCGGCACAAAAAUAUUGUUAGAUUAUGGUGUUGCUGCAACAAUGGAGAUUGCAAGCUUCUGGUUUACGAAUACAUGCCAAAUGGGAGCUUGGGGGAUUUAUUGCAUGGUAGCAAGUCAGGCUUGCUUGAUUGGCCAACAAGAUAUAAGAUAGCACUAGAUGCAGCAGAGGGGCUUUCUUAUCUGCAUCAUGACUGUGUUCCUCCAAUUGUUCAUAGGGAUGUAAAAUCGAAUAAUAUAUUGUUAGAUGGUGAGUUUGGAGCUAAAGUUGCUGAUUUUGGGGUUGCUAAAGUUGUAGGUGGAGUCAGCAAAGGAGUAGAAUCCAUGUCUGUAAUAGCAGGAUCUUAUGGCUAUAUAGCACCAGAAUAUGGCUAUACUCUUCGGGUGAACGAAAAGAGUGACAUCUACAGCUUUGGAGUGAUCAUUCUUGAAUUGGUCACUGGUAGACUCCCAGUUGAUCCAGAGUUUGGGGAGAAAGACUUGGCGAAAUGGGUUUGCACAACCUUGGACCAAAAAGAAGUCGACAAUAUAAUCGACCCCAAACUUGAUGCCAGCUAUAAGGAAGAAAUCUGCAAGGUCCUUAAAAUAGGCCUGCAGUGCACUAGCUCUCUUCCCAUUAACCGCCCUUCAAUGAGAAAGGUGGUGAAGAUGCUGCAAGAGGCAGGUCCGGAUAGCAAGUCCAGGUCUUUUAAGAAGGAUGGGAAGCUCUCCCCUUACUAUCAUGAAGAUGGUUCUGGUCAAGGAAGCAUGGUAUAAAAAUUAAUUUGACAAGCUGUUGAUAUAUUUUCAUUACCUGACACUGCAUGGUCUGAUUUCAAGAGGUAAAGAAGAAAAAAGAAACGAGAAAGAUCAACGUGGCCUAUUAGAAAGCUUGUAAUCUGGUAGAAACUCAGAUUAGUGACAACAUUAAAGCGUGUAAUGGUUGUAUUCUCUAAAGCAGAUUAGAGUAAGAAAGGUUUGUUGUGUCUCGUUAGGCAAUUGUAACAUGCAAAUUCGUGAAAAUGUCAGAAAAUGAGAAUUUUUCUAGAUUAGCAACAGAUAGAUGUUGAUGAAAGUGGGUAGAAAAUAAGAUCAUAUUUAAAUGUCUUUUAUGUGAA